UCAGUUACAGAGUAGAGAGUAGAGAGAAGAGGCCCAUACUCUGAGAAUCUAUAUAACGCUACGCUUCGAACGUAACGCUUCUCGGAAUCUAUAACUACGAACACAAACAGAUCGGAGGGUCAAUCUCAUAUCUCAACGCAUUCAUCAUCAUGGGUUUGCAGGAGGAUUUUGAGCAGUAUGCUGAGAAAGCAAAGACUUUGCCAGAGAGCACAUCAAAUGAGAACAAGCUUAUCCUUUAUGGAUUGUACAAGCAGGCCACUGUUGGACCUGUCAACACCAGCCGUCCUGGAGUGUUCAACAUGAGGGACAGAGCUAAGUGGGAUGCAUGGAAGGCUGUUGAAGGGAAAUCCAAGGAGGAAGCAAUGAAUGACUACAUCACCAAGGUGAAACAGCUGUUGGAAGAAGCUGGCCUCACUGCUUGAUAACAUUGUCACUAUCACCUUGAUGUCUUGCUUUCUGAUUCUGUGCUAGAAAGUUGUUAUUUAAGUGUUUUGGAAAUAAACAAUGGCAGUGUUUGAUCUAGAACUCCCAUCUCAAGAAUGUAUCAUCUUAUUUAUGUUUGAUGAAUUAGAUAUGUUGGUUUGAGUUGGGUUAUCUAUAUCGCUACAAUUGAAACAUCUAUUAGAAUUAAGACUAUUUGAACUUUGGACUAAAGCUGCUUAAUCUAGGGUUUUUCAUUUU